GAAGCCUCCAGGCAACUCACCCAUGUUUUGUAUUUCUUAUUUUAGUUUCAUGUGCUGUAUGUUUAUGUAAGACCUGAGUACCUUCUGUUAUCAUGUAAUUCGACUGGCUAAUCAUUUAUUACGUACUCCUUGCUCUAUUUGGUGAAAGCGGAAAGACCAUGCCCAAGGUAAACAGCUCACGGAAAACAAAAGCGCGUUCCACAAGCCUGUGGAUGCGACUGAAGCAGAAACCGUUUAAGACGACGAUAAUUCCUCCCGAAACUGGUCAAUCAAUCAUAUCAAUCCCCGAUGCAUGGCCGCAACCAGAAUUGCCAUUGUGGCGCUCCUUGGAAUACCGUAAUAAACUGCCGCUUCCCAGCUGGCACAAAUGGACGCUGAACUGCGGUCCCAUGAACAAAGGCUACGUUCCCAAAUGGCUAGGAGCCAUGUUUGACACUUGGGACAUAAACGUGCACGUGUACGACACGGAGUACCAUCCCCUUCACGAUCCAGCUCUUCGUAUAUUUUGUUUUAAUCGAAGAAAGAUACUGUUACACCAAAAGCUGAUCACACCCGAUGGAAAUGUGAGAGCAAACUUGCGACAGUUUAAUCAGUGGCGGCGACAUUUAUUCCGGUACCAACACCAGCUAAUACUGAAGAAGCAAGCGCUGGCUCGUCGAGACGAACUAUGCGACACGAUCCGUGGGUUUUUGCACGACCCAAAAAAGACUUCAAUCGCACAGGAUAUUCAAAAAGACGCCGCUGAUGUGACGGACGAACAAGCGAACAGCCGUUACCGAGAAGGCGACGAAUUCAAUGCCCUGUUAGUCGAGCUGAGUAAGCUCCAUGACCUUUCCAAGCAAGUUCGUAUCGAAAUUCUGCAGUACAUGCGGAAAGUGAAUAUCGAAAUAUCCCAAGAAAGGGAAAGUAACCGACAACUGAAGCUUCUGCAGUUAUUAUGCAAAAAAGAUCACGAAGCCAUGGUGCGCCGUCAUUAUCAAAAAGUCAUUCUUUUCACCAAUAACAAAAAGAAGAAAGCAGCUACUGCUUUGGAAAAAAGAAUGAAAAGUCAAGCCGACGAAGAUGAAAAAGCGGAGCAAACGCAAGAAAAAAUUCGCAUGAGAACACAUCAUAACGUGGACAUGUGGAAAAGCAUCUAUCGCCGCCUGCAUGAGAAAAAUCGGCCUAAACUACCUUCCGAACGCACUCGCAAAACAAAGAACACCGAUCAACAUGGGCAAGCCCUAAGUGGUGGCGCAAUACCACAAAAUAUUAUUAUAAUGUUACCAGAUACACCUGAAAAGGCGGCACCUGCUCCUGCAGUUAAUCAUUCCAAGGUUGACGGGGAACACAUCGCGUGUGACCGGUUGGAGGUGGCACUACCCGUACGCUUUUCAGACAGCGAUCACUCUGCACACCGUUCGGUUGAAGAGGUUACUAACGAGAUUAUGGAGAGCGAUUCGGCUGGCGAAACAACACCAAGCGGAAAUAUCGAAAACAGUGGCACGUCUGUGUUGAGCUUUGAGCGCCUGGCAAGAAAUAUCCUGGAGGACAUUUUAAACAGAACGGCUCCUAGCAGCGAUACUGCGAUCCCUCUUCGUAAUGAAUGCCCUCCAAGUGGAAAAAGAACGGUUCCAGUCAAAUCCGUCUCUAGCACUGUCGAGCAGGACGUUCAACACAAGUCAUCAGCGAACUCUGGGGAUAGCAAAUCGUUAAGGAUAAUGAAAUCAGCGCUGUCAAAGUCAAACGCCAACAGUCAACAUGGUAGUAAUCACCGGCAUAUUUCCUUUGCCCCAAAUGCUGCGCAAGAACCUGUGGUACCAACUGCCCGAAUCAGCACAGAAACAGUGGACAAAAACUGUAUCGCUUUUCCACAUCAAGCGAAACCUGUGGAACAUGAGACGUUUGGUACUCCAAGCUUAACAGGUGCUCCAACAAAGGUCAAGAGCUCAGCCUCACCACAAAACAUCGGAGGACAACAUGCGUCACGUGAAGUCGUGGUGGAGACCACUGUGAUUCCCCAUAGCGAUCAUGGAAUGCAAAAGGCAGUCUACGUACCUGCGAAAUCGCGAUCAAAGUUGGAACCCAGCAGUUCACCUAGUUUCCAAGGCAAACAUUCUCCGCCUGAGUUCUCCGAAUCAAAACCUUUAAGGGAUAGGCCUGAUUUUCUGGCUGCUCGAUCAUCAGAACAUCAGAUACGCUUGCUUGAAGUGGACAAGCCAAGCGCAGAAACAUUUGUGGGAGUUAGCAGCAAGAGCAGUCUUCCUGUACGAGAUUCACUGGCGACAGCAGCAGACAUAGUUACCGCCUUACUGGAGGAGGGCGAGCAGGAUGGGGCUGACGUGAAUGACUCGAAGGUUUCCGGGAAGAGUCUGCAUUCGGUUCAGAAUCCAGCAAACGAAUCCAAGUCUGCCAGUAUAUUUGCUCAAAGCUACGAGGUGGCUGAUCCACCGCCGAAACGGGAAGCGAGUCCACCGGCAAUUGGUGUCGAUGAGGACGAAGGCUACGUGAUAUCAAUACCGGUUGUCUCUGUUUUACGGCAGAACAAUUAUUCUAAUUUGGUUACUGCCCACAGCGAUACCACAGUAAACAGCUUGGAGCCGGACGGGCUAAUUUCGGAAACAGACUUGCCGGCAUUCGACGGUAAACCUACGGUAGAGGAAGCUGACGAGAUUGUGGAAAAGCUAAUAACUACGCAAUCUUCGCAAAUGAAUACGGACACUGGAUCGGAUACAAAUUUGCCAAAGUUAUGUAAUUCUCCUACUUUCAGUACUGCUUUGGACAUAAUUGACGAUUUGACAUCUCAUGAUGAUAUGUUCUUGAACAUUUAUUCUGCCUAAAAUGCAGUUCUCAACAGUUCGUUCUAUAAACUUGCCGGAAAAUCGUUUUGCUAGUCUGAUUUGUUUUUGCCCUGUCGGAUAUUAUUUUCGGGCUAAACUGCUGCCCUUGUACUGCAUUGUCUGCUCACCAGGGCACACAGGGGUCCUCCCCCUUCAAAAAAAUCUUUUUUUUUGCAGGAAGCCAGUAAACAUAUG